AACCCUGCCUGAAACAACAAGCCAAACAAGAUGUUCAUCCGUACCUUUGCAGCUUUUGUCCUCACGUUCCAUCUAUCUUUACUGGUGGUUCCAGGUGCUGCAACAGGCACCACGGCUGCACCGACAACGACCACCACGGCUGCGCCGACAACGACCACCACGGCUGCGCCGACAACGACCACCACGGCUGCGCCGACAACGACCAUCAAGGCUGCGCCGACAACGACCACCACGGCUGCGCCGACAACGACCAUCAAGGCUGCGCCGACAACGACCACCAAGGCUGCGCCGACGACCACCACGGCUGCACCGACAACGACCAUCAAGGCUGCGCCGACAACGACCACCACGGCUGCGCCGACAACGACCACCAAGGCUGCACCGACGACCAUCACGGCUGCGCCGACAACGACAAUCACGACUGCACUAAAUGCCACUAAUGAUUCCACAUCUACCUUUGCCCCCCUAAUUCUGACACUGUUGCUCUCUCUGGCUUUCACAGCUUCUUCCCUUUUUUGAGUGAUGUCACAAACAGAAAGUUUUAAAAGUUGCUGUCAACCCUUAUAAAGUCUGGUUUGCCAAUCUGGUUUUGUCCUUGGUGGAGGGAAUAUGUUUUGAUGAAGUACAUCAGUAUGCACAGCUGUCCUGAUGUUCACUUGGCAUUUUCAUGGAUUUUUAACGUUUACUCAUUCGGGAAAAUCCUUGCAUUGUAUUUCUCUGUGUUUGUGGGACAAAAGGUCUUUAAGUUGUAAUUUGCUUCAAAACGUCAAUGUUUUAGGGUGCUUCUAAAAAUGAAUGAAUGUAUGAGUUGGGUCUUGGAUUCUUUCAGUGCACUAAAGGUGUAAGGGACAACUUCUUUGACGUCUGUUGGGGCCAUAUUUUAGGUAAAGUGGAUGCAUCAGGACGAGUAAAACACUGGCAAUUCGAGCAUCUGUUGCCCCUGGGAUUGUCUUGCUUCAACUCUCUAG